CGACGGCGCAGCGCAUGAGUCCGACCCGCGGCUGCUCGGGUCCCCGCUGAGACGUGAAACCGCGGUUUCGACCCGCGGCUCCGACGGGAAGUUUGUGCGAUCGGCGUCUCCCCCCGGAGUGAUGUCGAAUCCUGGGACCAGGAGGAACGGGUCCAGCAUUAAGAUCCGACUGACAGUAUUAUGUGCCAAGAACCUCGCGAAGAAAGACUUCUUUCGUUUGCCAGAUCCAUUUGCCAAAGUUGUGGUGGAUGGAUCAGGUCAAUGCCACUCGACAGACACAGUCAAGAGCACACUGGAUCCCAAAUGGAAUCAGCACUAUGACCUCUACAUUGGAAAGACAGACUCCAUCACCAUCAGCAUAUGGAACCACAAAAAGAUCCAUAAACGACAGGGGGCGGGCUUCCUUGGCUGCAUACGACUUCUUUCUAAUGCCAUCAGCAGGCUAAAAGACACAGGCUACCAGCGUUUAGAUCUAUGUAAGCUCAACCCCUCGGACAGCGACGCGGUGCGGGGGCAGAUUGUUGUGAGUUUACAGACACGAGACCGCAUCGGCAGCGGAGGCCCUGUGGUGGACUGCAGAGGACUGUUGGAAAAUGAUGGGCCUGUGUUUGAGGGAUGUUUCAGUGAAGAACCGCUGCCCUACUCUGACCCCACUGGUGCGGCAGGGGGUGGGAACUGCCGGCUUGACUCACCCAGUCAGGAGGGCCGUCUUCAAACCCAGCGAAUCAGAGGGCAGGACUCCAGAGGCCACGGCCACACCCCUCAGAACAGACCUCACGGGCACCAGCCGCCAGAUCUACCAGAAGGAUAUGAGCAGCGAACAACGGUGCAGGGCCAGGUGUAUUUCCUACACACACAGACAGGUGUCAGUACCUGGCACGACCCUCGGAUACCACGGGACCUGGCCAGUGUGAGCUGUGAGGAGCUUGGUCCGUUGCCGGUGGGCUGGGAGGUCCGAAGCACGGUGUCCGGUCGGAUCUACUUUGUGGACCACAACAACAGAACCACACAGUUCACAGAUCCACGCCUACACACCAUCAUCAGCCAGCAAUCCCAAGCAAAGGAAUCCUCCCAAACCCCCCAGAUGGAUGUGGGGGGCGAGGAUGGAGGCGGUGGUGGAGUAGGGGGCGUCAGUGGAGGAGGAGAUGGAGACGUGGCAGCGCGCUACGAGAGAGACUUGGUCCAUAAGCUGAAGCUGCUCCGGCACGAGCUGUCUUUGCAGCAGCCACAAGCGGGACACUGUCGUAUAGAGGUGUCCCGAGAGGAGAUCUUUGAGGAGUCAUAUCGGCAAAUAAUGAAGAUGAGGCCCAAAGACCUAAAGAAGCGUCUCAUGGUGAAGUUCAGGGGAGAGGAGGGUCUGGACUACGGUGGGGUGGCCAGGGAGUGGCUGUACCUGCUUUGUCAUGAAAUGUUGAACCCAUACUACGGCCUGUUCCAAUACUCAACAGACAAUAUCUAUACGCUACAAAUCAACCCCGACUCCUCCAUCAACCCCGACCACUUGUCAUAUUUCCACUUUGUGGGUCGUGUGAUGGGCCUUGCAGUUUUCCACGGUCACUACAUCAACGGGAGUUUCACGCUGCCCUUCUACAAACAGCUGCUGGGUAAACCCAUCCAGCUCAACGACCUGGAGACCACCGACCCGGAGUUGCACAAGAGUCUCGUCUGGAUAUUAGAGAACGACAUCACUUCGGUCCUCGACCACACAUUCUGCGUGGAGCACAACGCCUUUGGGAAGUUUUCGCAACAUGAACUCAAACCAAAUGGGCGGAAUAUCCCAGUCACAGAGGACAACAAGAAAGAAUAUGUCAGACUUUACGUGAACUGGAGGUUCAUGCGAGGAAUCGAAGCCCAGUUUCUGGCUCUACAGAAGGGAUUCAGUGAACUCAUCCCCCAACACCUCCUCAAACCGUUCGACCACAAAGAGCUUGAGUUGAUCAUCGGUGGAUUGGGGAAGAUCGACCUUGCAGACUGGAAGACAAACACCCGGCUGAAGCAUUGCACAAGUGAAAGCAAUGUGGUUCGGUGGUUCUGGCAGGCGGUGGAGGCCUUCAGUGAGGAGAGGAGAGGACGCCUGCUGCAGUUCGUCACCGGCUCCACCAGGGUCCCGCUACAGGGAUUCAAGGCAUUGCAGGGUUCUACAGGUUCUGCAGGACCAAGGCUCUUUACCAUCCAUUUGAUAGACGCCAACACAGACAACCUGCCCAAGGCCCACACAUGUUUUAACAGGAUAGACAUCCCACCCUACGAGUCUUAUGAGAAACUUUACGAGAAACUGCUGACGGCUGUGGAGGAGACCUGCGGCUUCGCUGUGGAGUGAUGAAUCCAAUACCAACAAACACACAAUUACACUUGUGCUUGCACACGACUAUUUGACAUUUUACAUAUGCAUACACACACACAAACGGAAUAUGAUGUAUACGGAGCGUAUACUGAGCAGCCAAGCAUCACAAGAACAUUCUCUUGCCGCCUCUUCACCACCGGACUGUUGGGGGUAAAAGGAGGACGCACAGCAGGAGGGGGGACAAGUAUUUUAAAAAUUUCAAAUGUUUUGAAGAAGCAUUUUUAUCCUUCAGUUUUAACAAGCUAUGAUGUCAUCCAUCAGAAUGUCUAACCGCCACAGUCGCGCUUGAGUCUCUCCGGACAGAAUCAACCAAUCACAUACGAGCCUGCGAACAAGAUAUGUGGAAAUUCGAUGUGUGAAGAACAACGCGGAGACCGAUUGUCUUUUCUGUCUGACAAGCUGAUUGAUCGACUAAUAUUCAUGCUUCAUGUUUAACCACUGUCCUGGGUGGGUGGGUGUGUGUGUGCGUGAAUGCGUUUGAGUGACUGUGUGUGUGUGUGUGUGUGUUUGUCAGGCAUGGCACCCAGUUACGCUGUAAAGAAAAAAAAAAAGAUCAAAUGAGCCUGCUCCUCUUGUUUGGUAACUUUUUGUCUCUUCCGUUUGUAUCUGCGACCACUCUGAUCCACUCUAAUAUUCUAUUAUUUAUUACUAAGUGAUUACCGACCAAGCUGCUAUGUGCUCUACAAAGAGCCGACACUAAUCUCUUCAUCAGCCCCUCUACCAGAGCUGAGGGGUCAAUUCACUUGUGAUUCAAGUAAUCCACAAAGUGGGUUUUAUUGAAUUUCGUUACAUUUUUUAACCAUUUUAUUGCGGUGAAAUACUCUUUGACAUUGUAUGGAAACUGUUUGUGUGUAAAAUACCAUGUUACAUUUAUUGAAGUGAAAGGGAUUUACUUUUCCCGGCCCUAAUUUGAAAAUCUAACUCUACUGACGUUCACAAGAGGACCGGGGGCGUGACCUGGAUAUUUUUUCAAAAACGAGCCAGGAGGACGGAAAGAAGGAGUCAGCUUCAGGAAUUCUUCGGUUGUAUGUGACGUGUAUAAUAAAAUCUCAGCCUUUCGUACAUGUUUCAUCAUCCAUUUCACCAACUUUCUUUGUGUCUCUCGCCUGGACAUCUCUCUCUGCCCGUCUCUUUCUGUCAAUAGCCUGAAUGUCAGUAGUCAUCCUCCUAAAGACCACCAUGAAUGAACAAAGUCUCUUUACAGUCAGUCAUUAAUUCUCCAUUGGAAGUGAAUGAAAUCAAAAAACCUAAAUGUUGAGCGAGUGACGUGGAAAACAUUGAGAUCUGUCGUAGAUUGAAGAGUGACGACUGUUAAGCAGCAUCAUUUCAAUCUGCUUUUUUUUAGGUUCUCAGUUCACUGUGUAAUGGAUGCAAGAGUAUUGUAACUUACUAUGUACUAAACAUUUAUGAAAAAAUACAAUGUAAAUAAGAUUAUAUUAAAAGAAAUUAAAUUGAAAAUA